UGACGUAAUGGUAACGGUCCGUUUCCGGGGUGGAGCUAGGGAGGGCGGGAGUUUAGGCUGCGCCGACCCCUCAGCCCCCCUCCAGGAGACGUUCGGAACCCAGGACAUGUCGGGAUUGAGGAGAUACGAGGUGGCGCUGGAGGCGGAGGAGGAGAUCUACUGGGGCUGUUUCUACUUUUUCCCCUGGCUGCGAAUGUGGCGCAGGGAGCGGAGCUCUGCGCACCCCCGAGAGCAGAAGCUGGAGUCUCUGCGGGGCCUGAUGAGCUGUCUGUCGAGCGGCCUGGGCCCUGCUCCCCAUCGCUCAGGUCGUGGCCUCCUCUGCCGCACCCCUGCCACCGCUGCCCAGACAGCCGGUGCAUUAAAAAUUUAAAGCGAAGCCCACCAUACUGCCUUCCUGACUCUGCUGCCGCUGCCACCAUUCGAUGCCAUCAUUCGAACUGGGAGCCCCUCUCCACACCUAUUUACAUACCGACAGGAUCUUCCUCCCUGGUGGGGUGCUUUUUCAUAUCACCCCCCCCCCCCCCGCCCCCAUGCCUAAGGGGCUCCUAUCAAGUCAGGCUUCCUGUUACUAUCAAAAGUGACUGCUUUCCUGUGCCCCCACCACCAAAAAAGAAAAAGAAAACAAAAAGAAAAAAAAACCUCCCUUCACUGUCAGUAGUCUUAUAUGGAGAGAAGUAAAUAAUCCUGGCCUGAUCUCCCUGUCCACCUCAUCCCCAUGCACAGCUCCAUCUCUCGGUUACCACCUUCCCCCUAGCCAGAAUUUUGCUGGGUAUCUGAAGAAUCUUCCCUUCCUGGGAAUGAAUCUAAAACACUUUAAGCCAGGGUUGUAGGGAGUAGGCUGACAGAGGAGGGGUAGAUUCCUAAGAAGCUGUCUCUUCACAAAAGCUGCCUCUUCAUGUAACCUGCCUCAGGAGACUGAUGUGGGUUGGAGGCCUUUCCUACAGUUAGUACCCCAACCUGGCUUCUCCAGUCUGAUCCCAAUUUUAGAUAUUCUUAGCAUUAACCCACCUAGCUGUUAUUGAUACUUCCCUAGUAAAGUCCAAGGGCCACUGCUCCCUGCCAUCCCAUUUUACUGUGUUGCUCAAAUCAACCUGGGAUCCACUAACUCCCAAAGUGGUGGGACUACUCCCAAAGCGGAGGUCUACUAUGUUAGCCUGCUUUUAGUUAGGGACUAACCUCAGCAUUAGAAGGGACACCAGGGUAUUAAGUUACAGAGAUAGCCCAGUUUCUAGCUGGGACCAAUGACUUUCAGCCUGGGCUGCCCCUUCGACAGCAGACUUGGCCUGAUCUUUGGAAAAGCCAAAGGGGAGAGAUGGGUGUACACCUAGAAUUUGUUUUCUGCCUUCCAAAGUUCUCUGGAAUUGACGAGUCCAGGAAAGAUCACAAAAGUGUAUGACAGGCAACCAACUGAUGAAGAAGGUUUAUGACAAGAUGAUGGGGAUCUUGGGGAAGUUCCUCGGAAGUUCUUCAGUGGCUACACCCAAGCUUUGGGGCACAAGUCCAGACUGGGAGUGAGAGAGGGAUCCUAAGGUCUCUGGUACCAAAGAUUCAAGAUGAGUCACCUCUAGGUUAUCUCUUUGAAGAAAGCAACAAAGCUCUUAAGCUAUUUCUUAACAAUGUCCACAUCACAGACCCCUUCAAAUGUGGAAUGCUCUGUCAAGUCCUGGGCCUACACCUCGCCAAGAUACUGUCAGAAGACCUGAAGAGCCCUGAGACAAACUCCAGGGAAGGGCCUUCACACCUCAGCCUGGACAGAAGGAGAGGGUCAGGUUUUCAGUCUGAAGGGGGACUAGUUCCUACUCUGGGAGCUGACAUCUUUCCUGUUGAAGCAGUCCUAUAACAGAAACAGUGCUCGGAGAAGGUGUGACUCUAUCCCAAAAACCUACCCCUUAGAGGAUGACUGUCCCCAAAUCAGAAGACUAGAAAACACCCUGAAACAUCCAGAUAAGGACUGGGUUAAUGGGUUCUGACUCAGUUUAUGUCUCAAAUACAGUGCAAGACUUGAGGGUGGAAAUCCCAAGAUCAGGAGUGAGUGGGACAUUUUGCAAGGACCUGGGCCACUAACCCAACAGCCUGUCCCCAUCCCUGCCCUACCCUAGGUAGUUGUCAACAUUCUGGAAAGCACUAGAUGAGGAAGGGUAGGAGUGUUGCUUUGGGGGAGGGAGAAGAGGAGGAAGGCCUAGGUGUGGGAUUGGGAAAGAAGGAUAGGAAGGAAAUACAGUAGGGGCUUCAGUGACAGGAUGGGAGGCAGAAGGUGUAGGGGUUGGAAAAGUGUGUAUUUACUGAGCCAGGCAGCAAGCGGGUAAUGUUUCUCUAGGCCCACAGUGGAAAGAGGCUGGAAUUCCAAUAGAACAAAAGAGAUGUAAUUUUGUUUUUGAGUCUGAUGUCUCCCAGUAAGCCAGGGGCUGAGUCUGGAAGUCCAGACCCCUACGGACAAGCUGACAUUCCUGCAACAGAACUAGGCAAAACCAGGAAGCUUUGCUACUGCCACCCAGCACUACCUGCUGUACUCAGCUCUACAGACAGCCACUCUCCAGCAAGAUACUGAGGAAGGUCAUUCGGGUGGAACUGCAGGAGGCUGAUGGGGACUGUCAUCUCCAGGCUUUCGUGCUUCACCUGGCUCGACGCAGUGUCUGCAUCCAUCCCCAGAACCGCAGCCUGGCUCGGUGGUUUGAGCGCCAAGGGAAAAGGUUCCCAGGGAAAAGGCUUCCUGCCUGAAUCUGAUGCUACAAGGGAAAAUGGGCUGGAGUCCCCAACAGCCAAAAUAAUAAAGCAAGAUUAGACAAUGA